GAUACCAAAAUAUAUCUAUAAAAAUUAUGGAGAAAAUACAAAUGUUAAGUGCCAUGUAUGAACGAACAAUUGAACAUUAUUAUUUGAAGAUAAUUUUAAAUUUAUGUAUUUUCCUUUUUCGUGUCCGGUGUUAAAGUUGAAAAUGAUUACAAUAAGGAAACGAACUAUUUAGGGCUGCAAUCACUUGUUCUCCAAGCAAACAGAUCAUAAUUUCCCUAAGUUGAAAUAAUCACAGUGGACAUUCGCAUUAAGACGAGAUCACAUUCAUAACAACGUUCUUUCCCAAAGUAUUUUAAUAACAUUCCAAAAACAUAAUGAUGUAGUGGGUCAAAAGCAGUGAGUGACAGCACUGUGCUAGAAGUUUCAAUUUUUCUUUUACGCACUUGAGGUAUACGAACACACAUGAGCCUGGGAUAGCUUGCUUGUAUACCACGCUAUGGAACAUAUAUAUAAUUAUACGGAUUACACCCACAUGUUUGAUAGAAUGAUAGUGUGUAGGUGUCUUAAUCAGAGAAGCGGCUAGUCAGUCGUUUCAAGCGCCACUAAUCUAUUUUUAAAAGAAAACAUAAUUAUAGCGUGACUCUAUUGAAACAUGUUUUAUUUGAAGAUCGGAAGUUCACGUUUGGAAAUCUUUGUGGAAAGAAAAUAAAAAAAAAGCAAAAAAACAACAACAAUAAAAAUGGAAAAAAGCAGUAAAUUGAGGGGGGGCGUGGCUCUAUAUAUUAUGUAAUCAGAAAUGGAGUUUUAUUGGUAGGCUGUUGACUCUUCUUUCUUUCUUCCUUAUUACACCCAAAAAAAUUUAGUCUCUCUCCGUCUGCUUGUUCGUAUUCUUCGAGAGAGAAAUGAAAAGCAGAGAGAGAAAGGUCAAGUACACGGUUCACCGGAAACCACCGAAGGUUGUGAAAAUCACAGUGACUGACCCAUGUGCUACUGACUCCUCCAGCGACGAGGAAAACGAUAAGUCGGUAGCUCCGGCGACGAGAGUCAAACGUUACGUGGAAGAAAUCAGGUUCGAAGGAGCUGUCAAACGCGAAAAAACGGAGACGGAAAAGGCGGCGGCGGAGAAGAACGGUGAUGAUGGAACGGUAAAGCCUGUGAAGUACAGAGGAGUGAGGCAACGACCUUGGGGUAAAUACGCGGCGGAGAUUCGUGAUCCUUCCACGCGUACUCGACUCUGGCUUGGAACGUUUGCCACCGCGGAGGAAGCUGCUAUUGGGUACGACAGAGCCGCGAUUCGAUUCAAAGGACCCAAGGCGCUGACCAAUUUUAUGACUCCUCCGACUAGUCCUCCGGUGAUCGACAUUGAAGCGGUCUCCGGUUGUAAUUCGGCGAAGGAGUCUCAAUCCAGCAUAUGUUCUCAUACUUCUGUUCUCCGGUUUAUCCCAACGAAGAAACAGAGUGCAGAACAGAGGAACCUGUCCGCUGAGUCAAAGGCCUUUAACGAAGAAACUCCGGCGAGUUCUUCCUUGUCGGAUCCGUUUUUCUUGUCUGAUCUGUUUGGUGGCGGAGAUUGUUUAUGGGAUUCAGAAAUUACCACUGACCACUUGUUUCUAGACGAAAUCCAUCCGAACACCAACACCAUCUCAAGUGAAUAUCCGAAUUUAUCGGAGAGUUUUCCAAUAAGCAUGAUCGGUGAUUUAAGCUCUUGCUCGUGGGAUGUCGAUGAGUUUUUCCAAGAUCAUUUGUUGGAUUAAAGGACAGUUUCCUCUGGAAUUUCUUGGUAUUUUCAUUUUUUUUUUUUUUUGAGAGUGAUGAUGAGUGUGGAUGAUAACGACUUCAUCUUGGCCUUCCAUUUGGCCGACAUGGACGGCGGCUGCUGGAAGAAGCUUGACGGAUUCCAAUUUAUUAUCGAGAAUUUUGUUUUAUAUUUGCGGAAUAUAUAUAGUAAUUAGAUUGUUACAUAUGAGAGUAUCCAGGGGUUUUGAUUCUAUCCUGGUAUGUUUGUCACUAUGCAAGGAAGCACCUUAUAUAUAAUUAAUGGAGUUUUCUUUUUCUUAUA